UGUGUGUGUGUAUAAAAGAUGUAUUUAAGGUGGAUAUUUUUAUUGAUGUGGUAAUAAGUGCAUAAGUUGCAUUUGUGAAUCAAUGAGUACACCUCAAAUAUUGAAACUGUUGGUGUAAGUUCAUUUUGAGACGGACAAUAGGGAAACUCCAGACACUCAACAAUAUAGUGUAACUUCAUCACUCAGUCAUGUGGCAUUUGGCUAACCAAUGAUGUAACUAUCACUUUGUCAGUCAGUCACUGACAUCACUCAGUGAUUACAGACAUCUGUGUCCAAGUAAUGGCCUCACUCUUGAGUUUUCUUCACCCUGUGACAUGACUGACCCAGAAACGUGAUGCCUGAAUGAUGCGAUUUAACCAGUUCUCUGGAAGCCACUUCCUUAAAGCAACUCAGCUGAGGUCUAGUCUAAAUACAGUCAUGACCAGUUGGACAUCGACAAACAAAGAUAUUUUUCGUGUAAGGCUCCAUGCAGGCUGAUGAACACUAAAUGGUUUCAAGUGAGAGGUGCUGCCUUAAAUGAUUUGUGGACGGCUCAGUCCUCAGCCCUGUAGAAGCUCUGAUCUCCUAUUCUCUCCACCAACACCACCACCCCUGCCACUGGCCAAUUUUGGGCUAAGUUGACCAAACUAGCAUUACAUUUAACCAGCACCAUUAUUACUGCUCUUGGCCCUUGCAUGGCUUUAUGCUGAGAACCCUGCUUCCUAUGGGUGUGUGGAUGUGAGUAGAGAGGAAGGGGGUGGGAGCCUUGUGACUUUCUCUGCCCCCAUCUCUCUCUCUCUCUCUCUCUCUCUCUCUCCCUCUUUCUCUGACUCUCUCUCCCUCCGUCUCCACCCACUAGUGAAGGAUCAGAUUGAUCUCUGGCUUCUUGACUCCUCGUGGUGGUGAGGAGCACCAGCAACACAGAUACGUGGAGUCAGGAGAGCGUUGUGCUUAGAAGCCGUUUUGUCCAAUUACCUCCUUUCAGCUCCACCGCAGCACUGAGUGAGAGAGAGAGAGAGACGGAGAGCGGGAGACACUCUUUGCCUCCCAGCUGACACUCGCGGUGCCGUCUGAUGCGUGUUUUUAUGUUUCUUACAAAAGCUCUCCUUUGCGAUGCUGUGUACUCAGCCAUGUAUAGGCUACAGAGCUUGCAAAACCUCGGAACUCUGCUCGAUUUCAAACACAGGGGCGGUAAUCAAAGUUUAUAAUGAAGAUAACACCAGCAGAGCAGUAGAAGUUCCCAGUGACAUCACUGCCAGGGACGUAUGCCAGCUGUUCGUCCUGAAGAACCACUGCAUCGAUGACCACAGCUGGACCCUGUUUGAAAACCUCUCACAUCUGGGAAUAGAAAGAACCAUUGAAGACCAUGAGUCUGUUAUGGAGGUGCUGUCAGGCUGGGGGUUGGACACAGACAGCCGGCUGUGUUUUAGGAAGAAUUAUGCUAAAUAUGAAUUCUUCAGGAAACCUCUGGAGUUUUUCCCGGAUCACAUGGUCUCCAUAUCCAGUGAAACCAAUGGGAUGGUGGAUCCCUCUCAGCUUAUACAGACUUUCCUCAACUCCAGCACUUGUCCAGAGAUACAUGGGCACCUUCAUGCCAAAGAGAUAAGCAGGAAAUCUUGGAAGAAGUUUUUUUUUGUCCUGCGGAGGUCGGGGCUUUAUUUUUCCAGUAAGGGAACGUCCAAGGAACCAAGGCAUCUCCAGUUCAUUGCCGACUUCAGCGACUGCGACGUCUACAGCGUCCUGUCUGCCAAAAAACUGCACGGAGCGCCCACAGAUUACGGCUUCUGCGUCAAGUCCACAAAGUGUAGCUCAGCGCGGGACUUGAAGCUGUUCUGUGCGGAUGAUGAGCCGACCAGGACCUGCUGGAUCACGGCCCUGCGCUUGUUAAAGUAUGGGAUGCAGCUGUACCAAAACUUCAUUCAGCCACACCAGAAACAAAAAGCCUCACCGAUGAGAAGCAUCUCUGAGAACUCUCUGGUGGCCAUGGAUUUUUCCGGCCAGAAGAGCCGCGUCAUCGAGAACCCGUCCGAGGCGAUGUCUGUGGCUGUAGCGGAAGGUCUGUCAUGGAGGAGGAAAAGCUGUCACCGUCUGAGCGGUCACGGGAGCCCCUCCACAUCACUGAGUUCAAUGUUCAGCAUAGCGCUGCACAUGGCUCAGGCGUGGUUCCACAGCAAACUGUCGAGGGAGGAGGCUCAGCGGCUGAUCACUCAACAGGGUCUGGUGGAUGGAGUGUUUCUUCUGAGGGACAGCCAAAGCAACCCCAAGACGUUUGUACUGUCACUGUGCCACAUGCAGAAAGUCAAACACUUUCAGAUCUUACCUGUGGACGAUGAAGGCGAGUUAUUCUACAGCCUGGACGAUGGUCACACACAAUUCACAGACUUGAUCCAGUUGGUGGAGUUUUAUCAGCUGAACCGCGGCGUGCUGCCCUGCAAGCUCAAGCACCACUGUGCCCGGAUCACCCUGUGAACGAGGGAACCAGGAGACCCCCCCCCUCCGAGGGCCCGCGUGCACCUUUUUUAAACUCCAGGGCCUUUCUGGACAGACACUCCCAGCGCUCUUGUGCCUUGAAACAGAAAGAUACAGUCCAAUCAAUAUCUUAACAGCCAUGGUAACUGAAACCACUGUUUUCUUCAGUCACACUCUGGUACAUGGUCUGUCUUGUUUUCCUUUUGCAGAAAAAGCUGAAUCUGAUAAUAGUCUGUGUAAUAAUGACUCUUCGGCCCUGUAAUGUCUCCAUCAUGUGUGGGGACUUCUCGUCCUGCAUAAUGUAAAGCAGCAACAUCAUGCCAGCGAUGAAAGAUAGUGUAGCUGGAAAAUAUAAUGUCGACUGCAGUGUGUAUACUGUAAUGAUAUACCGGUCAGUUAUAGUCUGUCAAAGCUAAUGAAGGUUGAAUCCCAACAGAGGACUACAAGAAUUGUUUAUAUGUGACCAUGUUGUGCUGGGAAUUGUAGUCCACAACACCUCCGCCUUGUUAAAUCUGAGUAAAACUAAGCUAUCGUUGCAUGUCAUUGCAUCACUCUGAUUAUUCAGGUAUUUUUUUUGUAAGAAAAUGAUUGUUUUCUAUUUGAGAGAUAAAAUGACGACAUCUCAGGAAGAGUCACUCUGUGUGCAGGACUGAGACUGCCGAGCGAGAAACAGAGGUGAAGUACAGGCGGAGGGGCGGCACACAACCUCACCUUUUUGAUUUUAAACGUAUGUGAUUCAAUGAAAUGUUUAUUGCGUGAAGUCCGUCGUGAGCUCUCUGUGGAGUGACAUGUUUCACCAAUUUUAGACAUAAGCCAUCAAGAUGAAAAUCAGAAGUUUUACUGUAUGACUGAUUUUUGAUCGUAUCCGGAUUCAGUGUAUAUUGAAAUUAAGCUUUUAUAUUUUCCAAAGAUACAGGUACUAAGAUUGCAGAACCUGGGUAGGUCGUACUGUGAUGUUAACACCACUGAUGUGGGUAUCCAGCGUCAGACUGUGUUUUGUCUUUGAAAAGCCACGGACAUGAUCGACAUCACCAUGUUGUGCUUGUUGUUCCUUUUCUUUUUUUGACAACAGUGCAUUGAACAAUGAAUGUCAUGGACUGCAUAGUUCAUAUAUAAAAGACACAGUCUGUUUGUAAUGUA